GCCCUUGAAGGCUCGGGGCUGGGACCUCUGGGAGUGCAGGGGGGCCUUGAAGGCUCGGGGCUGGGACCCCUGGGGGUGCCGAGGGGUCCCGUGACAGAUCUGCGGGUAGUCCAGGGGGGGCCCGAGAAGUAGAGCCAUGGCCACCCGGCGGUUAACAGACGCGUUCUUGUUGUUGCGGAACAACGCGAUCCAAAACCGGCAACUGCUGGCCGAGCAAGUGAGUAGUUACAGCUCCUCCAGCCCUCUGAAUUCACGUAGCAUGGCUGCUGCGGAGCUGGAUGAGCUUGCUGACGAUCGCAUGGCAUUAGUAUCAGGGAUCAGUUUAGAUCCCGAAGCAGCAGUUUGUGUAACAAAGCGGCUACCUCCCAAAUGGGUUGAUGGAGUGGGAGAAAUUCAGGAUGAUAUCAGCAGGAUUAAACAGAAGAUGAAAGAAUUAGCCAGUCUUCACGACAAAUAUUUAAACAGGCCUACUUUGGAUGAUAGCAGCGAAGAAGAACAUGCAAUAGAAAUUACUACCCAAGAGAUCACACAGCUAUUUCACAGAUGCCAGAGAGCAGUCCAGGCCUUGCAGAGCAGGUCACGUAAUUGUACAGAACAAGAAGAACGGGUUCUCAGAAACAUAGUGUCUUCCUUAGCACAGGCCCUUCAGGACCUAUCCACCAACUUUAGGCAUGCACAGUCUGACUAUCUCAAACGCAUGAAGAAUCGAGAAGAAAGAUCCAAGCAUUUCUUUGAUACAUCAGUCCCACUUAUGGAUGAUGGAGAGGACAGUACUCUUUAUGAUAGGGGUUUUACGGAUGACCAGUUAGUAUUGGUGGAACAAAACACAUUAAUGGUGGAAGAGCGGGAACGAGAAAUCCGCCAGAUUGUACAAUCAAUCUCUGAUCUCAAUGAAAUAUUUAGGGACCUUGGAGCAAUGAUAGUGGAACAGGGUACAGUUCUGGACAGAAUUGACUACAAUGUUGAGCAGUCAUGUAUAAAAACCGAAGAAGGAUUGAAACAAUUACAUAAGGCUGAGCAAUAUCAGAAGAAGAAUCGGAAGAUGCUUGUCAUUUUAAUUUUAUUUGUAAUAGUAAUUGUACUUAUUGUUGUUCUUGUUGGUGUAAAGUCACACUAGGUAACGGUUCUAUGAUUUUCUUAUUUUUGUGUGUAUGUAAUUAUUUUUCCUAAUCUAAAUGGAUGGACCUGCACUCCUGAAAGUUGCCUUUGAAUGUAUAAGCCCUAGUGGUACAAAUUCUGUGCAAUGUUUCAGUAGAACUCUUUUCAUAACACAUGCUUCGGUGAUACCAGAGGUGUUUGUAAAACUUGUACAGAAAAUGUCAGGACACUUGAUAAUGCUACCAAAUUGGUCAUCCAGUUCUUUAUCCAAACAUAUUUGGAAUAUUGUGCAGUAUUUAAAAAAAAGAUGGAAAAUAAGAGUAGAUGUUUACAAGAAAGUACGAUAAUUAAUAUUUCACUGUGUGCAAAAAAGUGUGCCGUUCUUUGUAGUCUUAUGUUGCAAUUUUGUAAACUAUAAAGGUUUUUAUGGGACUAUGAUUUGGAGGUUAAAUGCCUUAAAAGAUGCACAAAAUUCUAACUGUUUGAUUUCACCUACUUUUCUCCAAACUUUUAAAAAAUAUAUUUGGAGUGACCGUUAAAAAAGAAACCUCUUAAAACAGAGCAUAAUUCAACCCCUGUGAUCUUAAUUUACAUUUUGCAUCAUUAGUAAUUAUCAAAGUAGUACUUAAAAGUGUAAAUAACAAGACUUAAUCACUGGUAUAAUUUAACACAUUUAGUUUAAUUAAAAUAGCUUCCUAAUCCUAAGUAAUCAUAGGGAUAAUUUUUCCUCAUCAAAAAGAUCAUGCAUGAUAUUUUCUAUUGCAAAUUUCUUGGUUAUAUAUUAAAUACAGCCAGCUACAUUACAAUCAUUUUAAUGGUUUGUGCUAAACCUGCAAUAGAAAGGAAAUUCUCCUUUUAACCCCCUGUAUCCUUCAUCUUUUCCCCUCCAUCAGGUGUCCCACAACAGUAGAUGGUAGACGGUCUUCACGUACAAGUAGUUCCAAAUAUUUACAGUACAUCUAUCCAUACACUCAUCCUAAAUAAGUAUUUCAAUAUGGGUACAAUAUAUAUUGCAGUCUUUAUAAGGGGACAAGUUUAAAAUGCAGUGUUGACCAUGACUAAAAUGAUGUAUUAGUAUGGGCAUGCAUCAGAUCUUUGGUACCAAAUGUCUGGCUUGCAGUGAUUCUGCAGCAAUACAAUUUGCUGUAGGUCAGGGGAGAGAGAGAGAGAAGAGAAAUCUUGAGCAGUGGGAUAUUAAUGGUUUAAUAUGGUCCAAAGUGUUGCACAAUUAUAGGGGCAUUGCCUUAAUACUUUUAACAAGGCUUUUCUGUAUUGAAUACUUGGUUUCUCUAAGAGGCUAUAGCUUGUACUAAUGGCACUUUGGUUCUGAUUUGUACAAUGAUCUGCAUACGCUUGCAGUGAUGUUGUGCCCAAAGCCACUGAAGCUCAGGUACACAAUAUAAUGGUUCUAAAAUUGUACAUGGGGGAUUGGGAUCCUCUGUCCAUAGCAGUGCAGACUCUUGCCAGCUUUCUUCCUGUAAUGGGCCAUGUAUGCCAUCCACCAACCCCUACUUCCCUAGUAAUGAUGGUAUACAUGGGUCUUCCUUGGCAUACUUAGACAUAAUAUUAAGAUAUGGCCCUUUAAAAAGUAUUUCUAGCUAUUGAUUUUCCUUUGUCUGACUAGACCUUCAGUCAUUAGGGUGCUUAGGGUAUCUGUUUACUUGCUGGAAUACUUCAGUGUCAGUUCCAAGUCUCUAGGUGUCAUAUAUGGCAAAUCAAACCAGACAGAUUGACUCUGAUGGAAAGAGGUCCACUAAUGAAGUAGAUGUUCUCUCCUCCCCUCUCCCACCAACCUCCGCCACCCCCCAACUGAAGAAUUGCAGUUAGUAGCUGCAAGGCAGAGGAGACACAUGGAGGUCCUUCAUAAUGAUUAGUCAUGAUAAUUGGUGUUUUCUCUAUUAAAGAUAUUGCAGGCUAAAGAGAGAAAUCCCUAGCGUGUGCUUAAGUUACUGCCUUUUGCAAGAUGAGUGUGCCAGGGAACUUCCUUGGGACCAGAUUAAUUUUCACUUUUUAUUAAUAGUCUCCCUUGGUUGGGAGAAACAUUUGUUGUCCUUUAUGAAUCAGGCAGAUGAUAGGAGACUAAUGGGGGGGAGGCUCAUUUAAGUCUUGUAACUGACUUUGUGUGGGCAGAACCCUACCUGAUACAAAGUAUCUUAUGAAAUAGGAUAGAAUUCUGAGCAAGUAGUUUGCCUGCAUGCAGCAGCACGACCCACAGGGUUACACACUGCAGACAUUUUCAGGAUAACCGCAGGCUAAUGGAGUUCUUGCUGAUCAAAGUGUCCCAUCAGAAUACCUCAUUCCUUGGUCUGAGCUGAUACUUGGAGAAUGCUUAUUUGAUAUGGGGAAUAGGGCAAAAUAAAUUUGUCAGGUGGCUGGAUGGUUUUUUGGAUUGGUGAUGGAAUAUGUGGAGCCAUUAGGUUACUGGUUGAAAUCUGUUCCUGUUGGUAACAGCCUUUAGUUACUUCCACCUGAUGGAUAAUUCAUGGCCUAUGUGGAAUAAGAUGAUAAUUUCAGGCCAGUUUCAC